UAUCGAUCACCCCAGCAGUCUGUUGAUUUUAGUAACAAGUAACAACUAGACUCCUUCAACAACGAACUAUACGAUAUUGUUCUACUUUUUUUGGUACACAUCCCAAACAAUAUCUAGCCCCAACCGUUGUUAACUUCACUCAAACUCCACUCCUUCUCAAACAUGACUGACUGGAUUGCCUUGGCCUAUGGCACGGUCUUCCCGUGCCUGAUCCUGUUUGCGGUCUAUGCGGUGGUCAUCUCCGUCAUGCAGCAGCGCAAAGAAACUCUGGACACCGAGAACUUCAUCACAGCCCGUGGGUCGGUUGGCAAAUGGCGCAUUGCCUUCAGCUUCUACGCAGGUGCCGUGGGGUCGUGGGUGGUUACGGGGCCAGCCAACUACGCCUCGUAUUCGGGUCUGAUUGGCUGUACCAUGUACGCUAUCUCUGCUGGUUUCCCUAUCUUCUUCAUUGCCGUGUUUGGCAACAGUGUCGUCAAGGUGUUGCCGCAUGCCAUGAGUUUCCACCACUAUGUCGGCUGGCGCUUUGGCUACGUGGCAAAGUCAAUGGUCAUCUUGAUCGGCAUGUUCAAUAUGGGUCUGGCCCUACUGGCCGAAUACGCUACCACCGGCUCUCUCUUCAAGGACUAUGUGGGGUCAACUAACCUGCCUGUGAUCAUCACCAUUGGAGUGUUGACGAUGUUCUACACCGCACUGGGAGGUCUGCAUGUGUCCAUCAUCACCGACCGAGUGCAGGCCAUAGCCAGUCUGGUGCUGAUAGUUACGCUGAUAGUAUACCUGGCUAUAGACUUCCGAGCGGACCUACCCACUCCCCUGACCAGUGAUCAGAUAGGCACCACCUACUACGGGUACUCGUCCAUCCUGGCCAUGCCUGUGUCGAUGAUGUGUGCGACGGUGUUUAACGAGGCCAUGUGGCAGCGUGUGUGGGCGUCAGAGUCCAAAAAGUCUCUUUAUUUCGGUGCAGGGGUGGCCUCCGUUGGGGUGGGCUGUGUGACGUUCUUGUUUGGCUUCGGCGGUUGGCUGGCUAAUUGGGCCGGCUACAUCACCAUGGAAACCAAUCCCAAUCUUUACUGGUUCUCCCUCUUUACCGGAGGCGUGGACACCACUCUGAACAACGCCGCGGGUCUGUUAACCCUCAUCGCCGCAGCCAUUAUGAGCGAGUCGGCUGUGGAUAGCUAUCAGAACGGACUGACGUCUGUGGUUGUGUCGACGUUCCUGAACGGAAAGGACAUCAAGUACGCGCGUAUCCUGGUGCUGCUGAUUAACAUCCCGUUGAUUGCGUUGGCUUGUCUGGAGAUUGCGGAUCAGGUGCUGGCGCUGUUCUUGGUGGGCAACAUGAUCACGUCCUGCUGCGCCAUUCCUAUUGUAUCGGGUCUGGUCCGCUAUGACCGUGUGGAGCGGUACAUCACCGAGUUUGGGGUGGUGUUUGCGAUGCUGUUUGCCGGUGCGUCUGUAACCAUCUAUGGUGUAGCUAACACCCCUGGCUCCUUCUGGGAUGGGUUUGUGUAUGCUUGGUACGGCAACAUGUACGCUUGGGACUACUUUGCGAUGGCAGUGGGCACAUCCGUAGGAGGACUUGUCUUGGGAUGUGCUCUGCGUGCGUGUGCUACCCUGUGUGGUUGGAAGUUGCCUGAAGUGGUGCGGUGUGACGUUGAAGUAGAGAGCCUUUCCGACGGCAUACCACCAAACAAGGCGGGCGUCACCGGACAAGGCAGAGAAGGUGAAGGUGCCCAAAGACCAGGAAACCACCAACCAAGUAUCAGCCGUGUCUGUGACUAACCUGUCUAAAGCCGAGCCUACCGGCAGCGCAGUCGAGUAGUGACCCAUGCUGUGUGUGUGGUUUUGUCUGUAACACGUGUCGGUGGAGAGGACACGGCCGCAGGUGUGUCUUUCAUCAGAGAGAGGCGACUAUGUGCUGUCUGUCUGUGUGGAUGAUAGCGACGGGUGUGAGGUGGCCAACCAACGAGGUUGGCAGCAAAAGGGCGUGCCUCUGCCGUGUGCUGCUCAGUUGCCUAUGCAGUUGUCGUCGAUGUGCGUAUGGUGAUGCCAUGAGGUUAGAAGCGUGCUCGCUGCGGGUGUGUCUACUGUGUUGCUGUGGUUUGGCAUUCUGUGUGUCUCUCUCGCAAUGGUGGGCAUGUGCAGGUGAUAGUACACGUGCUUGCCUUUACCUUACUUAGGCUCAUAAAGGUUAUUUAUUGUUUUAACACUGGCUCGGGGUGCUCGAAUUGGUCAACCAAUUCUAUGCUGAGAUCAUACCCGUUGAACCUGAAUCAACAUAAUUGUUGCGAAGGAAAGUCACAAAUAUAUAUACAUAUGUAUGUAUAUAUAUAUAUACCAGAUGGUGCG